AUGAAGUUCUUUUAUUCUGUUUUAGCUGUACUCGCUGUGGCCAACGCCCAGAUCAUCAAGGUCGACUCCAAGGGCCCUGAGUUCUUUGGCAAAUCUGAAAUCAACGUCAAAGACGGCUUCUUCAAGCCUUACGAGAGCUACCGUGACGACGCUGGCCAUGAUAUUACCUACUUGACAGAUGGCAAGUUGGAGACUGAUGAUGGUUUGCUUGUUAUCUCAGAUAACACUACACCUCUGUAUGACGAAGAUGGAAACUUAAACCACCCUCAGUUGACAGACGGCAAGAAGAUUAUUCCUGACCCAGAUGGAACCUUGUAUCUUCAGUUGUUGGAAAAGAUUGACGCUGAGUACAUCCACUUCAAGUGGGAGGAUGUCUUGUUGGAGUAG